UCCGGUUGAUGGGACACGUCACUCAUUGGAUUGAGGAAGAGGGCCUGUGCAAACCUCGCUUAUCGGCAACUUCUGUAUAAAUUAGACGCCAAAACCAUGUCGAAUUCAGUCAUAUCGGUUAUCUCUCGGUUUCUGGAGGAGUACACGUCCACGACGCCCAACAAGCUGAAAGUGGUGGACGCGUAUUUGCUGUACAUCUUGUUGACGGGAGCGCUGCAGUUCCUCUACUGUCUGCUCGUCGGCACCUUCCCCUUUAACAGCUUUUUGUCGGGCUUCAUCUCAUGUGUGGGCUCUUUCAUUCUCGCAGUGUGUCUUCGUAUCCAGAUCAACCCUCAGAACAAAGGAGAGUUCCUGUCUAUCUCUCCAGAGAGAGCCUUCGCUGACUUCCUAUUCGCUCACACUGUCCUCCAUCUGGUUGUGAUGAACUUCAUUGGUUAAAACAGGCGUGGAUCCAAACGACAGUGCCCCCCUCUCUCAGAAGAUCAUGACAAGAGAAGUUAAGUGACCGCCCUUCAAGAUAGGAUUCUGCGUCCGCUUUUGUGCCACCCCACCUUCAGCACUGAGUUACAUCUUAUCACGUGAUGCAGUACAAUUUUCUUACUGAUAAAAUGGUUAAUUUCUGACAUUUUUUUAAAUGUAUAAAUUUGUUAAGCAUUCCCUUUUUGCACUGAGGCAAAGAAAUAAAAACAACUGAAAUGGU